GUUCUGUGGUCAGCUCUUGCACCUUUUUACUUGAUACCGUCAGACCUUUUGCAGUUUCUAUGCAUGCCUGGUAUACACUUGACACGAGGAGAUUUUCCACGAUCGUUUUCCGUACUAAAAUUCUCCACGGAACCUGAGCAACUCUCCAGUGACCUGAAUAGUUGAUAUUCUCUGGUCGGAUUAUCCAUCGGGUUUAUGGUCCACUUACGACGGAGCAAGCCGGUUCACGGAGAGUGUGGAUUUUUCAACAACAGAGCAGUCGUCCAUAUACCUAUACAUGCGUAAAAUUUAUCAUUCAGUAGUUCAGACUUCAACGGAAUUGCGACAAGAUCAGUAACUGAUAAAAAGAUGUCAAGAACCACUGACAACAAUAGCGUGGAGCAGCCAUGGGGAUGGCUUGUCACCGCCGCGGCUUUCACGGUCCAUAUUUUGUCGCUGGGCUUUUCAUGGUCUACGGGUGUAUUAAAUGCCAUCUUUUUGGACACUUUUGAUGAUCCUGCGCUGGACAUCUCCUGGGUUGGAACUUUGCUAUUUGCAAAUAUGCUUUCCUCUGGGGUUGUGGCAGCUGUGUUUAUCAACAAAUACGGAUGCAGAGUUACAACAAUUGUUGGAGGAAUUCUGGCAUCAUCAGGACUUGUCCUCAGCUUCUUCUCUCCAAAUAUUUACUUCCUCUACUUCUCUCUCGGCGUUGUGUCCGGUAUAGGAGGCGGCUUCAGUUUUCUGGCAUCCGUUACCAUGGUCACACACUACUUCGACAAACGGCGUUCUAUAGCUCUUGGAAUAACAUCAUCAGGGGUGGGGUUCGGACAGUUCCUAUUCCCGGCCCUGAUACGAUGGCUGUACCAGAGCUAUGACUGGAGCGGGGUGCUGUUGAUUCUAGGAGGUGUGCUUCUCAACACUUGUGCCUUCGGGGCAAUAUUCCGACCUAUGGAGCUCCCGAAAACCAUCGGCAUGAACGACGACGCGAAAGAAGAGGAACGGCAACAGCAAGGGUUACACUGCGCGGUGUUUCAAAACCCAGGCUACGUAUGCAUGUGUUUGAAUAACAUUCUCGUCUGCAUGGGACUCGCAACCAUUUACAUCCAUCUUCCCGCGUACGGAGAGUCCUUGGGAAUCGACGGAAACAAGAGCGCCAUGCUGAUGUCAGCGGUCGGCUUGGCGAACCUUCUGGCCCGAUCGCUCAUCGGCGUCGUUGAUCAUUACCUGACGAACAGAACCUUCCAUAUUUACGCCAUAACCUUUGUCCUGACUGGAAUUUCUGUGAUGCUCAUGCCUGUUACAAGCAAUUAUCUGAUGCAGAUGGUUUUCGCAGUGAUGUUUGGACUAUUCUCCGGAGGUUUUGGCGCAUUGUUGUCUCUUAUUCUGGCACAAAUCGUCGGACUGAGACACUUCGCCACCGCUUAUGGGUACAUUCUCUUGUUUGAGGCACUCGGCACGCUGUCUGGUGGUCCACUGGCAGGGUUUCUGUACGAUAUCACUCAGAUGUACGAUGCCUCGUUGUACGUAAGCGGAAGCUGCCUCAUCCUUAGUGCCACACUAGUCAUAGUGCCUUACCGCCAAUCCUGUCGUGCCACAGACGGUCUCCAAAUACAGGUUAUGGAGGAAAUAAUGCCAAUGAAUAGGUACAAACCAGAGGUCAGCUGAGUGGUGGAAUGGCGAAUUAUGUCGGAAAGCUAUUCCGGCGGUGGACUUAGGCUAAAAUGAAUGGAUAUGUUGCGAAUUUUAUAUAUUUCUUGUAUAUAGUUGUGUAUAGUUGUCUGUAAGGCAACUGUGUGAUGGAAAUUAUGCAAAAUAUCGAAACAAUGUCAGCGGACCUGAUUAAAGAGGAAACAGUGGAAGGAUCCAAAGAUACAGGAUCAGCUGUUCAAAAUGUAAUGUCGGGUAUCGUAAAUGGAAAUUUUGAUGACAUGUCUGGAGAUUUCGAACACGAUGGUUGCAAAGAUUUAACAAAACUCUCUGCUCACUUGGAAUCCGAUGGAGUCCAGGGGCCCUUAGAUGUUUCUGUGAACGAGCAGAGCUACAAGAAGAUAGGUGAAUCGCUCAGAAAUGAAUGUGUAAAAUCAAAAGUGAACAGAGCUUAUGACACUGUCAAGGAAAAGAGAAACGCUGUAAAUAUGCAAAAUGAAAACCAAAAUCCCCAAGGGGGUACGAAGACAAGAGAAAAAGACUCCGGUGGCAAAAACGAAGCUGUUAUUGAUGAAAUUACCAAGGAUUCCCCAGAAAGUGUCGGUAAGUGUUCACAUUGCAAGGGUUAGAUUAUGCAAAAGUAGUCUCCGAAACGCUGUUGUUCGGAUAAAAUUUGAUAUGUUUAUAGUACCCAUGAAGUGGAUCACACAGAAUAAUACAGAAUACAGAUUCAUCAUUGUAACAGUCUUCCUAUUCGAUUAAUGAAGUCAUACUUGCAAUUCAUCAAAUCUGUAUGCAAUGGGUACCUCGCUAUAGAGGUUCACUUGGCUUCUUCGUACAUUACUGGCCACAGAGAUGUACAUUACUGACCACAACUUUGCUUGUGGUAAAAGUUUUUGGCUUCGUGUACAUUAUCUUAUGUCCACAAUUUCAACUGUUAAGGUCCUAAAACAAACAAAAAAAUUAAAUUUACCUUUAUGAGUUUGACCCAAAUCAAAACAUUUUUUUUCUCAGUAGAAUUGUCUCCCGGCAUAUUUCACAAAGCUGAGUUUGAUCACAGUGAAAACUGGCGAGCUACCUUAGAAUUAUUCUUGUACGUCUUAAUGCGGCUCAAAAUAUUGUGAAAAACCUAUGAGCUCAAAAAUCACCAAUUAGUGAAUACUUGCGUUUUGGAAUGUCAUAAUAAGACGAGGUAUAAUAGUAUUUGAUGGCCCCCGCCGUAUAAGUGAAAUAUUUUGAGUAUGCGUAA